GUUUACUUCUUUACUUUUCCAGAAGUUUCUUGGUUUCCUUGUUAUUUCAUUCAGGAGCUCCACUGCCGCUCGCAACUCUCUACAGUCUCCACCAAAAACUCUCACUCUCUUUCAAGAAUGGACAAGUUCUUUGGAGGGAAAGAUCCGUUCGACAACCCCUUUUUCACUCAGCCAUUUGGUGGCUUAUUUGGUGGGAAGAGCCCAUUUGACGAUCCUUUCUUUGCCCGGCCGUUUGAUGAUCAUUCUGCUUCUAGGAAGCAGAUUACCAUUGAGGAGUUGAACCCUGAUGAUGAUGGUGGCUAUGAUGCUCGGCAGAACAAUAUCCCAAGCAAAGAACUUUCUGUUAAGAAUUCAAGUGAAUAUCCAACUGGGGUUCAUAGCUUUAGCUUCCAGAGAGUCGCUUAUGGUGGUCUGGAUGGGGUAUACUACACCUCCUCUAUCGGGAGAAGAACUGGCGGUGAUGGGGUAUUCUUGAUGGAGAUGAAAGAAGAAGACAGGACAGUUGGUGAAUCACUAUAUACGAUUUCGAAAGGGAUUCAUGAUAAGGGGCACUCUGUUACAACCAAACAGUGUUCAGAUGGAAGAGUCGAUUCCUUGCAGACUUUACACAAUUUAAACGAAGAUGAGCUUCCGACUUUUGAAGAAAAUUGGAAAACCAGUGCCGACAAAGUGUUGCCUGGAUGGAACAGUGGCUUUAAUUUACUAGAGAAUGCAGUUCGUCAUAAUCAUGCAGGGGCUAACAACGCGUGGGACGAUUUUGCAAGUUGGAGCGGUUGGGGCGGAUGGCCUCUUCCGUCUCUGGAGUAUUUCGGGCAUGGCGGAGCACUACCUGAAGGUGAAACUGAGGGGCCGUCUUCUCGUGAGACCUCCCGGAAAAUCGUGCCUGUAGAGUAGUCUCUGCUGUUUGAGCUUCCUGCUAAAACACACUGGUAGUUAUGCCAUGGUACUGUGUAGGUAUUUUGUACUGUUGUAUGGCCUUUAGGUGAUCUGUCUCAUGGACAUGGUGGUUGUGUACCACUGGAAAAAUCCUGAAUGACAAGAAGACGUUGUGUUUGUUAAAAGUAUUUUGAAUAUUUGUUUA